GGCAAAGCGGAGCAGCGUCGGGGUCGAGGGGGAGCCCGCGUGGCGCCCCUUUCCUUUGGAGGCUCUGCCAAGGAUGCUUCAUUCUGACCGAUGCCUCCCCCCCUUCUCUGCUAUGUGAAGCGCAUCCUUCUUGUGUUUGCCCUCCCCUGAUUUGUCUGGUAGCGCCAGGUGGCAUGGGGUUCCUGGCCACCAAAAGCUCCCUGUUAGCUUUCCACCUGGGCAUCAUAACUGGCUUCAUCAGCACCUUCUACUUCGUUGGCAACCCGAAAUUGGAAGGACCUUCCCAUCCUGGCACUCAGUCACCACGAGGUUUCAGAGAUGUAGAGUGGUUUGUGGAGAAACUAGCUCUCUUCCGUGUGGCACACCCACACCUGGCAGGUGAAGAGAGCAGCUUGUCUGAUGAACUGUAUGAUAAAGUACGAAUCCUGUGCUGGGUGAUGACUGGUCCCAACAACUUGGAAACAAAGGCCCGCCAUGUCAAGGCCACCUGGUCCCGCCAUUGCAACGUGGUCCUUUUCAUGAGUUCAGUGCAAGACGAGAACUUUCCCACCAUAGGUCUGGGAACUAAGGAAGGGCGGGACCAACUCUACUGGAAAACCAUCCGGGCUUUCCAGUACGUCUACAAAAACCAUUUUGACCAGGCGGACUGGUUCCUCAAGGCCGACGACGACACCUUUGUGGUGGUGGAUAAUCUGCGGUGGCUGCUGUCCAACUACACUCCCGACAUGCCCAUCUAUUUUGGCAAGCGCUUCCGGCCCUUUGCCAAGCAAGGCUACAUGAGUGGAGGUGCUGGGUACGUCCUCAGCAAAGAGGCUGUGCGGCGCUUUGUCACUGGCUUUGACUCCAAGUUGUGCAGCCACACCUCUUCGGUGGAGGACCUGGCUCUCGGUCAGUGCAUGGAGAAGAUGGGAGUGGUGGCCGGGGACUCCCGUGACACGGAAGGCAGAGAGACUUUUCAUCCUUUCGUGCCGGAGUCCCACCUGAGAGAGAAGUUCUCAAAAAGUUUUUGGUACUGGAACUAUUGCUAUUACCCCAUUGUGGAGGGUCCUCAGUGCUGCUCUGACCUGGCCAUCUCCUUCCACUAUGUGAACUCGGAGCUGAUGUACACCCUGGAAUAUCUGACUUAUCACCUCCGUGCCUAUGGUUACCGGUACCGGUACCAUCCACCUUUGCCUGAGAAUGCAGCUCAUUUCCAGCCACACCCACAAGGAGUGGCCCCUGAGAGAACUAAUACCACCACACUGCAGACUGAGAAGAGAAUGUAGAGUCAUCCCUUGGGCAGAACCGGAUCCCGUCACUUGAUGAGACUGGCUUUCAACCAUACUGGUGCCUUAGUACCGCAAAGUCCUGUCUGUGUGAUCUCAGGCUUGACUCUUGGGCCGUUUCUCAAUGGAGAGCCACAGGCCAAAUAUUUUUCUUCAUCCCCAGAUGUGCGUACGUGUGUGUGUGUUUGUGUUCACUAGAUAGGGUAGUUGAGUGUGGCAGCCAUUUUAGAUUGGUGUGUGCUGAGAAGUUAAGAACAAAGGAGUUGCUCUGUGUCAUCCAUUUUAGGGUGGUGUGAGCUAAGGAGUUAAGAGUGAGGGAGUUUUAUACGGCGAUCAUUGUAAACUAUUGCAUACUUAGAAGAACGGGGGAAUUUCUUAUGGCAGUAAUUUUGGAUAAAUUAAAGCCUAGCAUUAUGCUGGUUUCCCCAAAGGAACCCAGUCCAUGUAUAUUCAUGUUCCCAGUACAAAGUGUAUUCUAGACAGGGGCCAUAUGUGGGGUCAUAUGUCCCUGGGUGCAGGCCUUCUAGUAAUGUCCCUGGGUGCAGGCCUUCUAGUAAUGCGGGUGGUGGUGGUGCAGAAUCGCCCCACACACGGUAGCAAUCAAGCCAGCAGCGCCACUGAUUCUAGACUCAUUUCUCUGAUUAGUGUGAACUGGGUUUGCUUCUUAGUACUUUAUCUCAGUGUACUGGGGUGGAGAAAACUGUUUCCAGGAUGGUGGGUUAAAACAAGGUGUGUGUUGGGGGAAGGGUGUUGUAUUGGUAGAUCUCUGCAGGAAGGAGGGUUGCCAAUCUCCAGAUGUGGCCUGGAGUUCUCCAGAAUUACAGCUGCUCUCUAGACUACAGAGACCAGCUUCCCUGGACAAAAUGGCAGCUUCAUUCAGGAGCAGCAGUGGUG